CUUCUAGAUGCGUGCGUGUCUGUUCGCGUGCUGCAUACUUCCUCCCUUCUGGGUCCUUUUCCGGUUGCCUGCUGACUGGGUCACCAUUUUCCAGCGUACGUCGGAGAGAAAGGAGUGAAGCAUUUAAAAAUGAGUGGAUGUCGAGUGUUCAUUGGUCGGCUGAGCCCCAACGCCAGAGAGAGGGACGUGGAGAAGUUUUUCAAAGGAUUUGGGCACAUUAAGGAGAUCAAUCUAAAAAACGGCUUUGGCUUUGUGGAGUUUGAUGACCUCAGAGAUGCUGAGGAUGCAGUCUAUGAACUGAAUGGGAAAGAACUGUGCAGUGAAAGGGUCACAAUAGAGCAUGCCCGGUCUCGCAGAGGGAGAGGAGGUGGAGGAGCAGGAGGAGGAAGAGGAGGAGGUGGAAGUGGUGGUGGUGGAGGAGGUGGUGGUGGUGGUGGAAGGUUCUCUCCGCGGUUCAGCAGCUAUCGUCAGUCUCACGGCUCCAUGUAUGGUCCUCCUGUGCGCACUGAGCACAGAAUCGUUGUUGAGAACCUCUCGUCCAGGAUAAGUUGGCAGGAUCUGAAGGAUAUGAUGAGGAAGGUUGGUGAAGUCACAUUUGUGGAUGCACACAGAUCCAACAAGAAUGAAGGAGUGGUGGAAUUUGCUUCACACAGCGAUAUGAAGAACGCCCUUGAUAAACUAGAUGGCACUGAGCUUAACGGACGCAAACUCAAACUGACUGAAGAACACAAGAGGAGGAGCAGAAGCCGCUCCCGCUCCAGGAGCUACACCAGGUCUCGCAGUCGUUCCCGAUCCAGGAGCCGUUCCAAAUCCCCGAGCAGGAGCCGAAGCAGGAAACACAGCCGUACCAGGUCCCGCUCACUCAGCCGCAGCCCAGAGAGGAAGCCCCUUCCCCAGGCAGCCCCGCGCUCCCCCUCCCGCUCCAAGUCUCGAUCCCACUCCCCUCCAGUGCAGAAGAGGCAGUCCAGAUCCCGGUCCCCCUCGGCUGAGAGCCAGCACUGAGAGCCGUCUCCCUGCCUGCAUCAGCUGUAUCUGUAGAUCUAGUUACAGCUCUCGUAGCUGGUUAGAACUGCAGUCCGGUCUGUUAAAGCAGCUGCUGGUGGUGUGAUUUAUUGUAGGUUGCUUAAUAGAAAACCAUAUGAAAUGCUCUCUUUAUACAAACUGUGGGCAUAACUUUUUUUUUAUUCUUUUUUUAUUUGAAAACUGCAGCCUGUAUGGGAUUGCAACAGCUAAUGUUACCUAAAGAGUUUUUUUGGAAUAAAGUUUCUACCCCUUAAUAGUUUUUCAUUGGCUUAAUUCAUUUCAUACAUGGAAGAUUGCUAUAGCAAGUGAUGUCUCUUGGUGGACUUCUUUGUUUGCAAAGCACACGUUUUUUUUUCUUUUUUUCGGUGACAUUAUUAUACACCCCCUUUUAAGUGGGUUGGUUAUUGGUGUUUUAACAUAGCUGUUAAAAUAUUUUUUUUCAGGAUGGUGUUAUUGGUUACCUAGCCAUACCAAAAAUGCCUUAUUAGCAUUUUUUUUGCAAUGCAGUUCUGGAACAGCCUCUUCAUUUCAAAUUAUACAGACAGCGAGCCUAAAUCUAGGCAGUGACACGAUGCUGUGAAUUUUAUUGAGGGUUAUACUAUUACCCUGAACUACUUUAUUCUGCUUAAAGGAGUGGACAGUAACCCAUAAGCAGUAAAUAGGUGUCUUUUGUUUGUUCCCCCCCCCCCCCCCCCAGGCUCUGCACAGCAAAGUGACAAUUCUUUUAGUAAAGUGGGGAAGGGUGGUGAUACCAAUGAACCUGGGGAACCGAUCUGUAAAUGUGAUGCUGUGUUUAACAGGGAAUGUACUAUAGGGGCCUAGUGGGGAGGGAGAGGGUGGGUUCAAUUGGACUAGUAAAGCUGAGGAAAUGGCUGUAAAUGGUUUUGCUAUUGGUUAAGGCCCCUGUUUAUACUCACGUUUGCUUGCUCUAAAAUCCUGGCAUCUAGUAGAACAUUUUGCUGUGGCUUUUGUUGUAAUUUUGUGCUGAAGAGAAUUUAUUAAAUUUAUAUAAACCAA